UCAACUUGAAGUUGACCUCGACUAAAUGUCGACGAUGGGGAACGCAGACAUCAUCCCAUUCUUUCCGUAUCAACUAUUCUUCCUCUACAUUGAGCCCAUAUCUGCGUUGGCGGGGGCGUACUAUGCCGCAUAUCGCCCCUCUGACUAUUUACACGAUCUGGUAGCAUCCACGAACAAGAUUGCGGCCUCCGGGACAACAACCAACAUCCCAAUCCUCAUGACAUUGUUCCAGCUCUCCAAUCUUUACGUUCUAUUUGCUCUCAACGAACAUCUCGUCCUAUCAUCUACCACCUCUGUCAAAACAUGGAAGCGCGUCCUGUUCUGCCUCCUGGUCGCCGAUUUCGGACAUUUAGCGACCAUGGCGCCAGCAGGUGCAGAAAUAUUCUGGAACGUUGCGUCUUGGAACGCGAUGGCAUGGGGCAGUGUGGGAUUUGUAUACCUGGGAGCCACCAUGCGACUCUGCUUCCUGGCAGACAUAGGGUUUAAGGGGGCUGAGGUACCCGUAGUUCGGCAAGAGAGUUCGUCCAUCGACGCGAAGAAAGACCAAUGAAGACACAAACACCGUUGUGCGGACAGUUUAAUCUUUUGAAGGGAAUCUGCUUGUAUUUUCGGUGAAGCGCUUCUUGAGCGGUAGCGACAUCCUGCCUUGACAUGGUUAUGAAGUGACACUUUUGUUCCUUGAUCUGGCGAUGCAUGUAGGCUGUGCUUCUCCUGAUUCUCUCUGUGGAUUGGAUCCAGUGCGGUUCAGUUGGAUUUGUUGAUUUCGCGGAAGGGGUUGAGGCAUGGUCGCUAACGCGUCGGAAUGCUAUUGAGGGUGCUGAUUUGGACAUAACAAUUUAUGGAGAGAGUUGGAAGAGAUUAUAUUUAUAUCAUUGUCGAUCUUGAUACACCCCUCUCUGUCCAAUCUCUGCUCAACAAUGCGCCCACCUCUCGA